UGACGUCAACGGGCGUCGCAGGGAAACGAUAGUGACAUGUGCCGCAACUUUCCCCGGCAGAGUGACAACAGCUGUAACUUGCAUUAGUGGUGUGCAGGUUGCUUGUAAACACUGCCAGUUAGCCAUUUUGUGGGGAUAUUUCUUCAUAUUUGCUCCUAAGAUUAUGAAGCAAGACAUAGUGAAACAGUCUGUAAGCAAACUAUGUUUCAGGAACAAGGCCAUUCUCGCCCCCAUGGUACGUGUUGGGACCCUGCCAAUGAGAUUGCUUGCUUUGGAGUAUGGAGCUGACACUGUGUAUUGUGAGGAGAUGGUUGACAUAAAAAUGUUGCAGUGUAGAAGAGUUAUUAAUGAUGUGCUUGAGACUGUUGAUUUUGUGGCUCCAGAUGAAAGAGUUGUAUUUAGAACCUGCAAGAAAGAGAAAGACUUUGUUGUCUUCCAAAUGGGAACAGCGGAUGCAGAGAGAGCAUUAGCAGUUGCUAAACUUAUUGAAAAUGAUGUUGCUGCUAUUGACGUUAACAUGGGCUGCCCAAAAGAAUAUUCCACAAAGGGAGGAAUGGGAGCCGCACUCUUGACCAAUCCUGAUAAGGUCGAAUCUAUUCUAAGCACACUGGUGAAAGGGAUUUCCAAGCCAGUGACUUGUAAAAUUCGAAUUCUGCCUUCUCUUGAAGAUACAAUAAGUCUUGUAAAGCUCAUUGAAAGAACCGGGGUCAGUGCUGUGGCCGUGCAUGGACGGGUGAAGGAAGAGAGACCACAGCAUCCGGUUCAUUGUGAUGUCAUGAAGGCCAUCUCUGAGGCACUUUCCAUUCCUGUCAUAGCAAAUGGUGGGUCUCAUGACUACAUUAAAGAAUUUUCUGACCUGGAGACUUUUAAACAGCUAACAGGUGCAGCUUCUGUAAUGGUGGCACGUGCUGCUAUGUGGAACCCCUCUAUUUUUAGGAAAGGAGGACUUUUACCUUUGGAGGAAGUUAUGAAGGAAUACAUCAAAUAUGCAAUAAAAUAUGACAAUUACUAUUCCAACACAAAGUACUGUUUAUGUCAGAUGUUACGGGAACAGUUGGAGUCACCGCGGGGGAAGAAGUUACAUGCUGCUCAGUCCUCACAAGAAAUCUGUGAGAUCUUCGAACUGGAAGAUUUCUACAAAGAAACUGCAGAAAUGUUACAGGCCAGGAAAGCAGCACUGAAGGUCCAGACACAGGAAGAAGACCAGGCAGAAGACACUGAUGUUAUAAAAAUGGCGGUUAGAUUUGUCAAGUUUAUCGUUGUUUCUAUUUGUGCUUUGUGCAGACGAGAGUAUCCACCACAGAUUACUCCUAAAAUGUGCUUAUUGGAAUGGUCUCGGAAACAGUAUCUUCCCCAGCCGGAAUAUGACACUAUUCAGAGACCAUUAGAUCGAUUCUUCUGUUCUACGGUGACAGUGGAUGGGAAGAAGUACAGGUCCACAGUGUGGGAAAAAUCCAAGAAGCUAGCAGAGCAGGCAGCUGCAAUUGCAUGUCUUAGAACUUUGCAACUUCCAGAGGGAAGACUGAGUGAAGGAGAAAACAACCCGAUCCACAAACGAAAGAGGGAUGAAAAAGAGGCCAUCAAUGGGACUGGAGUUACAGAGGACACUGAUUUAGAGUGUGCACAUAAAAAACAACAAAUCAUUCAGAAAACAUCAGAGCUGGACAGUUCAGCAGUGCCACAAUAACAAAAUGUGUUGUAAACAAACUGCAUUACUUUAUCAUGCCAUGUUUGCAUUUAUUUGAGUCAGUCCACCUAGAUGUCCCUUAGUAAACUCCAGAAUUACAGCAGUGUUAUUCAGCACUACAGAAGCAUACAUUGAGUUGUCAGACCAAAUUGGGCUGAUAACGUUUACAGAACAGUAGGCUGCUGUGGGGAGAAGUAUUAUAAACUUUAAACCUCAGCUUAACUUAUUACAUAACAGUAUUUUUCUGUGCAUUUUGUUCUCUGCAUCACAUGGACAUCCUUUUGUCAAAGGUUCUGCUGUAAAUGAUCUAGUAUCCUCCAGGUAAAGCUGCAACAGGACAUACCCAGCGGCAUAUCUACAGUGGGACAAACCUGACUAUUCAAAACUUCAUCUGGCGAAUAAGUAUGUAAAACAAAAUGCCUCCUACACCUUCUUUCUUUUUAACUCCCCCAGUUACACAGCAAUGGAAAAAACUGAAAAGGCUAAAAACUGAAUUAGUGGUAGUACACAAAUAAAAAUUGUGUCAGCAGUGACUUUUAGUAGUGCACAAAUAAAAACUAUGUCAUCAGUGACUCUUUAGUAGUGCACAAAUAAAAACUAUGUCAUCAGUGACUCUUUAUGGAAAACAGUGGUCAAAAAGUUGCAACUCGUUCCGGUGUACUCAGCAAGUUGCAAACCCAUCCACUUUACACUCAUACAAAGGUAGGAAACUCAUUGCCACUAACCUACUCCCAUCUGGCUCACUGACCCCUGACAUACAUCUGUCUUAGACCCUUGCAAAUGUACUGGUAGAGAGUUUGGUCCAGGGGUCUCAAGAGCCCUGUAGCUGGUGUUUCUCCAUGUUUUUUCCCAUCUUGGUGUACCUUCCGACUCAAAGAAGUAGUUUACUGUUUUGUCUAAGAUAUCUGCACUACUGGCUUUUUCCAUGAGAUCCAGCUCCUCUGUAUCACAGUCAUUCAGAGCACUGCAGUGCAGUUGCAGCCCCCCCCCCGCAACCUCAAAAUAGUUCUGUAUUUUAUUUUGUUUUAUUUUAUUUUUGUGUGUUAUGUCAGUCUCAUGAUGUGGACUCUAUUUUGUAACAGAAUCUGUGCAUCAAAAUGGAAAUUCCACAUUCUGCCCCUGGUGGACAGGGCUGUUUAUUUUACAUAAGUGUCAUUAGAUGAAUUUAAUACAGACAAAAACUUUGAACACAUCUGAACUAGUAUAAAACAUCAGCCUGUGUGGCUCUAAGCUAGUCACUUAGACAAUGCUCCUGAGAUGUAUCUCAAAAGGGGACGUGGAUCAGUGCUCUGCCAUGUUUAACGAAUACCAAUAAAUAAAUACAAUCAAAAUUAAAA